AUGCUUUCCCGAUUUAAAAGGGAAGUGGAUUUUUGGACCACAUCAAUCUCCACCGCAUAUCGAAAAACAACCUCUUUCUCUUUCUUUCUUUUGGGAUUCUUUCUCUCUCUCUCUCUCUCUCUUUACUCUUUCUUUUCAUCUCAUUCUUUGUACUUUAUCACAUCACUAUACUUUUUUUUGUCUGUUUUUCCCCCCUCAUCACAUUUUGUUUUGUACUCCCCCACUCCCAUCUCUUUCUUUGUACCCCCCAUCUCUUUCUUUGUACUUUUUCCACUGAUUUCUUUCUUUGUACUCUCCCCCUCAUCUCUUGCUUUUCUUUGUACUCUCCCCCUCGUCUCUUUCUUGCUUUUCUUUGUACUCUCCCCCCUCGUUUCUUUUCUUUGUACUCUCCCCUCGUCUUUUCUUUUUACUUCUCCCCUCCCCUCGUCUCUUUCUUGCUUUUCUUUGUACUGUUUUCUUUAUCGCUUUUGCUAG